AUGAACCCAAUUAGACAAUUAAGUCGAAAUGAUUCAUCAUGUAGAACUACUAACCUACCCGACAAUAAAAAGUUAUUUAGAUAUAAAUUGUAUUUAGAUUAUGCUGUAAAUUUGUUGAAAACUACUAAGAAAUCUAAUGUAAUGGAAGCUAUCGAAGUUAUUUUAUAUAUUUUAAAAGACAAUAAAUUGACCAAACUACAAACUGAUUGUUUAUAUCAUUUGGCCGUUGGUUUCUUAAAAUUAAAUGACUAUCAUAAUGCUACCAUCUAUUGUCAGUGUUUGUUAACCAUUGAAUCAGAUAAUCAGAAAAUCAAGAAUCUGUUAUUGGAAAUCAAAUCACGCUCGUAUGAAGGUAAUGAUUAUCUAUGA